AAAAGAUACGUAAUGGAUACAUGUUUUGUUUUCUGAUCUCUGUCUCUGUUUACAAUUAUUAACAAUUUGAUUUGAACGUUGUUUUAUGUUGUUUCUCUAUUAAUUUCGAUGUGUUUAUUGUUCGUUUUUUUAAAUACGUAACAGAAGAGGUGAAACGAGGGUGCAAUAAUGUCUGGCAAUCGCUGGAAAAAAGCAAUUUUAUUCUGGGAAAAAAAUAAUCAAAGUAAACUACCCAGUCAAAGGUUAAGUAUAACUAAAUCGCUAUUCGAAUCAGCCGAAAAUGGGGACACAGAGAAAAUAAAAGACAUCUUAGACAAAGCAGUAAUUAAUAUUAACACAAAAUUAGGAAGCGAAACAAUCCUACAUGUUGCCGCUUUCAACGGACAUGCAAAUUUAGUGGAUUUUCUCUGCAAAAAUGGUGCUCAGAUCAACAAACGAGAUCAUGACAAUUUGUCUCCUCUUUGUAUCUCUGUUUUGAAAAAUCAUUUGGAAGUGGUCAAGGUUCUUCUGAAUCAUGGAGCUGAUCCAGAAGGCUCCUUCAGAAUUUCACUUGACCUCCAGUCUAAAAGCAUUUCCUCAAUUCUUGUUCAAUACGGGACCUUGUUCGACACAUGUAUAUCCACUUGCUCUGAUUCCUCCUUGUUGGAUCAAUUUUCCAAUAUUUUUUUAAGCUCGCCAAAUAUCGAUCUCAAUGCUAGAACAGCCGGGACGAUAUGUCUUUAUCACUGGGAAAAGGGUUUGACGCCUCUUCACCUGGCUGUCGACAGAGGGAAGGAAAGCCUGGUGCAAAAACUGAUUGGCUUCGGGGCUAAUGUCAAUGCAAAAUCAGAGACAAAGCUGACACCCCUGGAUUUAGCAGUCAGAAACGAUCAUCUGAGAAUUGUCGAGUGUCUUUUAAAUAAUGGCGCAGAAGUGAGACACUCGUCUGCUGUUGAUACGGGAUUACUUUUCGUCUCGGAAAAGGCAUCAUUCGUAAGGAAUGAUCCUCGUUCGCAGGAAGAUUUUACAGUUUUGGUGAGAAUAACGGAAAUUCUCUUGAAGAACAGAGUUGCUGUAAAUUGUCAUGAUUGUAAAGGUUUUACGCCACUACAUUAUGCGGCUUGUGUCAAUGAAUUUCGGCCGGAAAUAGUCAGACUUCUUCUCGACCAUGGCGCUGAUGUCAAUGCUGUUAAUAAAAAUCACGCUACACCUAUUUUUUAUACAAAGAAUGAGUUGAUUCUUGAACUGCUGAUAGAGAGAGGAGCAAAUAUCAAUUAUGUGUCCACUACGUUAUUUACACCUCUUUCGCACAUGUUUAAUUGCGAUCGAUUAUCAUGUGUGGAUCUUCUUUUGAAGAGAGGAGCUGAUGUCAGUAUUCAGAACUCUGAAGGGAAAACCAUUCUAGACAUUUAUGAACCUCGUUACUUUUAUGAAAAUCUUGAAAUCCUCGAGAAUUUAGUUAACUCUGUAUCUGAUCUCAAUUUUGUGAUUCGUUAUCUUGGAAAGUCUAAUCUGCCUCCGAAGUUGAUUGACACUUUGGCUGCCCUGGUUGUCAAGAGAAAAGUGGCUAAAGGAAUUAGCAUCGAUAUGGAAAUGUUAGAACCGGAUUAUCCAUUUGGUAUUUACCGGUAUUUCCGUUCAAGAGUUCCGAUUUGUGAAACCGAAAUUCAGAGAAUGAAAGCGAGGAAGAUUCAUCUUCAGGAUUUCACUUGCUUCGAUAUUUUAGAUAUGCCGAUCAGCAAGCUUUUGAAUUAUGUCGAAAGGGAAGAACUUCAGAAAUUGGUUUCUGAUAAUAUUGAGGGAGAUUUUCCGAUUUAUGCUGAGAUGUUUAAAAGGCAUGUUGAAAAAGCAAGACACCGAAGAUCUUUAAUUGGUUUGAAUGCAGAAGCUUUUAAGAGAUUAAUCCACCAACUUCAUAAGUUAAAGUUGCCUGAUCUUGUUGUUUAUCAAAUAAUUCCGAUGUUAAGUAACAAGCAUUUGAUUAAUCUGGCGCAAGUUUUGUCUGUGUGUGAUAAGGAUGGCUUUAUAAGAUAGUGAGAAAUAUAUUUUAUAUUACAA